ACAUUGAAUUUUGGGAAACCAUGUCUAAAAGCCAUUGGAACAAGGGCUUCAGAGGAAGGAAAAUGGAAGCACCUUUGUCUCCAAGAGAAUCUGGGAAAUGUGUAGCAGAGAACAGCAAAGAUGUAUUCAUUGAAGAGGAAGGAGUUAAGAAGAUAGCAGAGACGCUGUAUGCUAAAAGAGGCUGUGAAGGGUUCACUGCGCAAGGCUGGAAACAAAUGAACCCACUGGCUCCGAUAUGCAUGAAUGACGAAGCAGUUAACUGGGUGUUUGUGGUGGACACUCUUAAUUUCUCCUUCUGGCCCGAUAAAGAUGAUGAGCAGUGUUUGGUGACAUACAAGGAUAAAACUUACAGUGGGUAUAUGUCACUUUGUGCUGCUAUCAGCAGGGCAAUGGAUGAAGGUAUUCCAAUCACAGAGGCAUCUUAUUUUGCAAACAUGACCUUGGAUGAUUUGAAGCAUGUGUUGCGUUCAGACAACAACGUGCCAAUGCCCAUGAUUAAAGAAAGGCAUCAAGCCCUUACCGAGGCUGGAAAAGUGCUGUUGGAACACGAUGGCUCUUUCCUUAAGUUUAUUAGAAAGGGGGGUAACAGCGCUGAAAAAAUGAUCAAGCUCAUUGUGGAGACAAUACCAUCUUACAGAGACGAAGCUACUUUCGAGCCUGUUAACAUUGCAUAUUGGCAGGAGGAACGCAAUACUUGGAUAGCACAGAUCCUUGUGGCAGAUUUUUGGGGCAUAUUGGAAGCAAGAGGAGAGGCCAGCAUUCCUGACAUUGGCUACCUGACCAUGUUCGCUGACUACCGGGUCCCACAGGCUCUCGUCUACAUGGGGGCGCUGAGAUACUCCAGUGAGCUAAUGAAGACUCUCAAGGAAGGGGUGAUUUUGGCAUCUGGCGAUCGACGGGAAGUGGAAAUCCGGGGCUGUUCCAUUUGGUGUGUUGAGAGGAUCAAGCAGCAGUUGUGGGAUAUUGCUGAACAAAGAGAAGGGUGCAAACUGGAACAUGUCAACUCAGCUGUUAUUGAUUUCUACCUGUGGUACUUUGCCAAGGAGCAUCAUGCGGAAAUGGCACACAUUCCAAUCCACCACACUCGCUGCAUUUAUUACUAGUCCAAACACAAUUACAUUUUAUUUUUAAAUGUCUGUUUUGAUGAAUUUAUAAUAGUAAUAAUAAUAAUAAUAAUAAUAAUAAUAAUAAUAAGUACACCAAUGUUAUCUCUCUGUUACUGUAAAGCUAUCAUGCCAAAAACCAUUUUUACUUUGUAUAUUGCAACAGGCCACCAACAUUUCUGAAGCAAAAUAGGUUUUAUGGGUGUGAUUCACCAAAUAUUUUUGGCAUUACAGUAUGAUAAUUCAUGGUAGGGCUGUGCUCUGUUGCACUUUGUGUCAUUUUACCUCAGGAGUGUCUUUGGAACCACUGGUGGCCACUGGUUGCAAAUCCUGUCAGUCAUUGGGGGAAUUAGAUAGUUGGUUUAUAGCAGGUAAAGAAGAUGUUAAAGGGACGGUCAAUUUCCCUGUAUAGGGGAAAUGACACACAAAGUGCAAGACUACCUGAAAGUUAGGUAAACAAACAACUUCCCUUAACUGAGUAUGGUAGAGGAUGUGUUGGUGAUUAAGUGAAGCGAACAAACUCAGCAAAUAGGAAUGCAAACAACGUGCCAUUUUAUGCAACUAGUAUUUUAUAUCAUCUGUCAGGUAUGGCCAGGGGGAGGGAUUGGUGUUGAUGUCUUGUUGGAGAAAAUUGAAUAGGUUUGAUCGAUUGUUUUUGUUUUUUAAAUCAAAAUUUUAUUUAAUGAAUUGAAUCUUAAUAUUAUUUGUUAAACCAACCAUAUUCGAUUGUCAAAAUAGAUUUUUCUUGAAUACCAUUGGUUAGAGCCUAUUUUAAAAUAUAAACUAAAAACUUACAAAUACACUACAGUUUAAAAAAUGCAUAAAUAAAAUACCUUCAUCAUUUUACCAACAGAAUAAAGCAAAAGGCGUAUUACAGAUAAUGCCAUUUUGUUCAGUAGAACCGCCCGCCCAAUGGGUUUGCUAUUACAGGAACAUACAAAUAAUUACCAGUUUCACGACUCGGCGGCGCUGUGCUAUUCUUGUGUGACAUUGUCAUUGCUGUAAUGUUCUGGGUCUCACUUGUUGGCUGAGUUAGUGGCUGCGUUCACGAUACUUUUUUGACGGAUAGAUUGCAGACGGGAGUCUGCGUCUGAUGGCACGGUCUGUGCAGCCGGAGCUUGGACACGAUUUGGAGGUUUGCCGCAAAGCAGAGAACAAACAUGGAAGCCGAUUGAGUUGAACAUUCUAACAUACUCUCCUUAGACUUUCCACUUUUAGAAAAUCAUAAUUUUACAUUUCUGCUUUUAUUACAUAACAUUUUAUAAAAUGGUAUCGGGUGUUUCUAUUUCUCCAAAGGCUGUUUAAUGACUAUUUAUAUCUGUGGUUUUCGACCCUGUUCCCUCUUGUUUGAAGCCGUGGUUGCUCCAGCGCAGUACCUGUCAGGAGAUACGAGAUCUGCGCAGAAACCACGCUCUGGAGAUGCGUGCCCUGAUGACGUCUUUUCCGGAUGAGUUUGCACAGAUGGCAAAGUUGAACCGGUUUUGCGCAAAAUCUGCGCAGCAUUAGGAAAAUAUGUGUACGUGAACGCAGCCAGUAACUUUAAGUGGUUGCCAGGUAAUGGUGAAAAACAAUAAAGAGAAUCGAAGCAGAAAGGGUAGUAAUGGCAUAUCAGAGACGUAAUCUCCUUCACCAACAAAAAUAGCGUCGCCUGUUUCUGCUGACAUAAGGAUUUGGUGGGUCAUCGUUUUGAAAAAAAAAAAAAAAGAUUACUGUAUAUUUGGUAAACAUCUGUCCACAACAUGUUUUACAAAUCAUCCUGCAAACUGAAGGGAACACGGAUGCUGGUAAGACAGACAGUUUUGUAAAUGUAAAAAAAAAAAAAAACAGAUGACCGCUUAAUAAACGGUUAGGCAAAUACAUACAAUGUAUAAAUCAGAUGGAUGUAUGUAUGCACAAUGUUUGUGUAGUAAGAACAUUGAAACAAAUAAUUUAACAGUCCAUCGAUAUAAAAGAUUACGAAAAGUUAAAAUAAGCUAUAUAGUGAUUGUCGUGGGGGUCCAGUAACAUGCAAUCACUCGCUCAUGAGCAAAAUAUUUGACAGCUUGCAGCAUGCAAUUUCUAUUAAUAGAAUUAGGACACGGUUUUCCAUUUAGUUAAAUAAAUUGCAAUACAAUAUUUAAAAGUAUUUUGAUGCAACAGGGCCCUGAUGUCUGUCACUGUAAAAUGUGACGAAUCCAAAAGAGAAACUACGUUAAUUAAAUAAAAUUUAAUUUAAAAAGGAUAUCAUUUUACCAUUUUAAUAAUCUGCCUUUAAGUACCAGGUCUGAUACAUAUUUGUUCUACCUGUACUACGGUACAUAACAUGCAGUAUGUUUUACUUUUAUAACAUUUAGAAUACCACAUAUUAUGCAGAACAUUAUCAGAGUUAUCUUUGAUGUCACACAAUCAUCAUGGAAGAGAUUCCUGCCAAGGUCGCUGUGCGAAUAAGGCCUCUGCUUCCAAAGGAGAUCCUCCACAAUCAGCAGGUUUGUCACAGUGUUUGAUUACGGGCAGACUGGAUCAAGAAAGACACACACCAUCGGCGGAGGUCAUGUUGUUGAGUGCUGAAAUCAUGAUCACCUUUGUGGAGCAGGUCUACAUUGAGAUGUCUUUAGAUGUAGCAAGUAUUAACAAUCACAGUCCAGGAUGUGUGUCAGGAUCCAUUUGCAUGCAGAAAAGUAUUGCUGCUGUAUAUGGUUGGAACAUGCUGCACCAGACCAAAAAUAGUUGUAACGGACCACAUAAAGGCAUUCGUGUAUUUUUUUUAAUUUAUACCUUAUAACCUAUUAAAUUACCUAUAAAUUACUGAGAUUUUACUUUUUUUUAAUUUUUUUUGAGACUUCAUUAGCUUUAUGGCUGGAUAUAUACGACAUUCCACAGCAUACACAAUUCUAAAACCAGAAAAUGAAACACAAAAUAAAAAUGUGAGGAACUGUUCUUAGCAUGGCAAUAACCCCUUAUAUACCUCAAUGGUGUGUUUGUUACUACUAUCUUGCUCUGCAGCAACGGGGCCUCCUUAAUGCAAGAAUAUGUAGCACUUUAAAAAUACAUUAUACAAGAACUUCCUGAUGCUGAUUUUUUAAAUUAUUUUUAUUUUUUUGCAUUGUUGUAUUACAUGCAUGAAACAUUUUAAAUGGAAGGAAACCAUAUGCUGUACAGUCUGAUGUAAUUGCAGUA